GGGAAGGUAAACUGGAUUCUGACGUAAAGGACUUAACCCCCCCCCCCCCUCUCUCUCCUCCGGCGGCGGAGCAUCGCAUGUGCUGCUCGGGCUCGCUCACGGUCAGCAGCAGUCUGUGAGGAGAGCGGCUCGUGCAAUCUCCAGUCAACAACAAACCACCCACUUCUGUGCCCCCCCCUCCCCCCUCUCUCUCUUUCUCUCUCCUCCCGGACCCGAGCAUGACUCCUCAGACAUCUCACUGCAACUGAACGGAACACACGGCCGCCGGUAACAUGGCUUCGUAUCUGCAGAUCGCUGAUGACGAGAAAGGCCAUGAUCUGGACCUUUUCUGUGUCCCCAGACAUUAUGAGAACGAUUUAGACAAGGUGAUCAUCCCCCAUGGACUCAUCAUGGACAGGACAGAGCGUCUGGCCCGCGACAUAAUCCGGGACAUGGGGGAACACCACAUCGUAGCUCUGUGUGUGUUAAAAGGGGGCUACAAGUUCUUCGCAGACCUCCUGGACUACAUUAAAGCACUGAACCAGAACAGUGAUAAAUCAGUCCCGCUGACAGUGGAUUUCAUUAGGGUGAAGAGCUACUGUAAUGACAAGUCAACAAACAGUGUCAAAGUCAUAGGAGGGGAUGAGCUGUCAAAUCUCUCGGGCAAGAAUGUUUUGAUUGUCGAGGAUAUUGUGGAGACAGGAAGGACAAUGCAGACGCUACUUUCCCUGCUGAGUGAAUGUAAUCCCAAGAUGGUUAAAGUUGUAAGCCUCCUGGUGAAGAGGACCCCGAGGAGUUCCGGGUACAGACCAGACUACAUUGGCUUUGAGGUACCAGAUGCCUUUUUGGUAGGCUAUGCUCUGGACUACAAUGAGUACUUCCGAGAUCUCAGUCACAUCUGCAUACUAAAUGACCAAGCCAAGGAGAAGUACAAAGUGUGAGCAGAUAAAGUGCUGCAGAGGUGAUACCUGAAUCAAUGAAGACUAGGACCACUGUGAUGACCUUCCUUAGCUUUGCUGUGUUUUGAAUCUUAUUUAUUUUUCUACCUAAGAGUCCACAAAAUAUGACUUGUGGGUUGUAUAUAACUUUAAGAAGAACAUUUCCUUUGCCCCCCAUUGAAUAAGUGGGAUUAAUUAUGUAUAUUAAGAAUAUUUUGGAUGUUAAAUUUUGAUUUAUUUAUUCACUUCCGUGUAUAGACUCUGCCUGUAAAUUGCAGUUUUAUCUUGGAGAUGGAAAAUGAAUGUUAUUAAUUUGCCCUGGCACAUUAAAUCACAGGUCUCAGGCGUCUGCUUUAUGUUCAGUUGUCAGAUAUUAGCACUCUUCAGUUUGUACACGUUUUUAUUUUACUUAGAAUGAUAUGUCCUCUCAUUAUGCCAUAAAAUGACUGACUUGGAAUGUACUGUAUGUUUUAUUUCAUAUCUGAUGUUUUCAUGGAGGACCUGUUUACAGCAAUACAAAUCCCUUUGAAACCUUGA